AUUGUUGUGAUAAACUUAUUAAAUAGAGUUAAUGGAGAGUGGUGGAAAACCCGAGCAAACCGUGUUGUUCCCAAACAAUCCUGGUUUUCAAGAUGAUUGGUCGCGGAAACUCAAAGACUUGUUUCCAGUACCAUUAGAUGGGGCUCGGGUUGUUCUUAAUAGAGUCUUAGCCUCGAGGUUCCAAAUGGCACACACGGUAAAUAUGGGAGACUCAGGUAGCGCAGGAGCUGUUCCAGGAGCCACUGCAGGACCACCGCCUUAUUCUUUCCAGGCAACGUGCGUUGGCAAAGCCGAACACGAAGAGCUGACUCCAGUAUUCAUGGCGGAGAUUGAUAACACCGGCAGUCUCAAUGGGCAGAUAAUUAAAUACCUCAACAGCCGGGUGCGAUGCAAAGCAGUUCUCCAGACCCAAAAGUCUAAAUGGGCAAUGUCGCAGGCUGCCUUGGACUACAAGGGAAACUCAUACUCUGCUUCUCUAGUGGCCAUUAACCCCGACCUAUUAGCUUGCACAGGAGUGUUAUCCAGUAGUUUUUUGAAGCGAAUCACACCCAAAGUUGACAUAGGCUCCGAUUUUACAAUGCACAAUGCGCAAGGACAGUUGAAAACAUCUAUGGGCGUGCAUGGAAAAUACAGUGGAGUGAACUGGGAGAUAUUUGGCAACGUGAACAACGCUGGUUUUCAGACUGGAUACUAUCAUGAAUGCAGCAAAACAACAACUGUAGGGGUAGAAUGGGAGUGUUCUUCAGUUCAAGGGGAGUCGAGUGUAGCAUUGGGGUACAAAAUCGACAUGACAGAAAGUGGGAACUUCUGUCUUCGAGGCUCAAUAGACUCCAAUGGAACACUCAGUGCUGUGUACGACAAGAAAAUGCACCCUUUCACCUUAACUCUAAGCGGAAGCAUGAACCACAGACGAGGUCUAAGUAAGUUUGGACUGGGAUUCACAAUAGGCUAAAGCGUUCUCAGCCGCUGAACUAAAUGACGCUGACAUUGUUUUAUGCUCUGAACUUUGCUGCCAAAAUUGAUCGAGUUAUUUGGGAGAAAUUUAGAGAUUCUAUAGUCUUGGAUAUUUCGAAACGAAAUCAAAUGCGAUAUAUUCUUCUGAUAAAAGUCUGGUGCUCUUCGUUGCAAGAAGCAGGAGUUAACUACUUUUGAAA